AUGGCUCCUGGUCAUCCAGGAAUGGGAGGUCCUGCACAUCCCAUGGCUGGUAUGCAACACCCAGGCGGACAUAUGGGAGGCCAUCCAGGUCCCGGCAUGAUGCAAGGCAUGCAUCCGGGAGUCUCUGCGCCUCAAGUCACCCAAGGUCCCAUGGUCUCUGGCAUGCCUCAGGGUCCCGGCACUCCUGCGCCUGGCCAUAUGCCCGGCAACUCGAUGGCUAUGGCACACCUUGGCCCGCAGCAACAUAUGUUCCAACAACAGAAUCCUCAGAUGAACUUCGGUGGAAUGGCUGGUGGUCCUCAGAUGCAGCAGCAAGCCGUCAUGCGACAGCGAAUGUUGGCGCAGAUGCAAGCGCAGCAUCACCAGGGGGGUAUGCCGAUGAAUAUGGUCAACAACCCUAAUUUCAAUCAGGCCCAAAUGGCCCAGAUGAAAAUGAAUAUGCCCAUGCAGCAACAGAUACAACAUAUGCAACAGAACCCUCACAUGCAAGGCUUCCGUAACCAGCAGCAACAGCAGCAGCAAAUGAUGGCUGCGCAUGCUGCGCAAGCUCAACAGCAAGCUGCUAUGGCUCAACAUCAGCAACGUCAGGCUCAACAAAUGCAGCUCUCAAGGUCGCAGGAGCAACAGCAACAGCAACAAGCCCAGCAACAACAGCAAGCACAAGCACAGACCAGCCAACCGCCUCCAUCGCACCCCACCCCGGCUCCUCAGAAUCAGCCUCAAUCACAACCAACUCCACAACCUCAGCCAACUCCGACUCAGACUCCUGUACCACAGGCCAAAGCGCCGCCGCCGCAACAGGCCCCUUCUGGAACCAAUUCAAAUCAGCAAACCCCCCAACAGCAGCAGCCACAAAAUCAACCUACACCACAGAUCAAGCAAAACGAGACCGACGAGGAGCCGCAAAUCAAGCAGCAAGAUCCUGGUGCGAACAUCAUGAUGCAGGAUAUUCCCAAGGAGAAUGGCCACUGUAUCCUGGCACUGAUUAAUUUUCAAGACGCUCUUGCAUGUCCCGAGAAGCCUCAGGACCUCGAAUGGUGGCACGAAGUCAUUUUCAAGUACUUUUCACCAAUCGCCCAGAUGAAGAUGCAGCUUUUUAAUUUCAAGACGACAACGGAUAAGGCCUUCCUCCUGCAAUUCGCCUCGCUGGCUCGUUUUUACCAUGCGCACUUUGUCAGUGGAAUCAAGCAGAUUCUACUAUCAUCAUACGACCAUUCACAGAGGAAGCACCCUACAGGUGAAACGAUGGUCACGAGCAAGACGGCCUCGUUGACAUACGUCUUCAACAAUGACAUCCGCGUCAGCACCUCUGGCAAUCUGCUGGUCUUAUUUGAUGAAUUCAACAAAGUCAUUCGGUUUGAUAUCAUGACAUCUGGUUGGCAGGAGUACAUCCCUCGGCCAAUGGCAUCCGCCGCCAUGCAAGCUUCCCGAUCCCCACAACAGAACUCGAAGCAGUCGCCCAAGAUGAACAAGAAUGUGAAGAAGCUUCAACAACAGAACCAGCCAGAGCCGAUGCUGCAAGCACCAUCGUCAGGUGUCAAUGAUUGGGGCAUCACUUCUCACAUCCAGCAGUUCCUUGAGGUUGCCGAAGUGCUCACGCAGAUGGCGCCGCUGAUUGAAUGGUUCCACAGUCAUCCAGGAGUUGGGCCGCUGGAAUCGCUUCACCGCCUCAACCACGAACAAUCGCAGCAAGCCCAGAUGAAUGCCAAUGUCAAUGCCAACCGGGCGAUGCAGAACCAGAUGGCUCGAAACGCAAAUGGCCAGAUUCAGUUCCCCAAUCAAGGCGGAAUGAAUGGUCCUAACCAGUUUGCUUCGCCAGGUAUGGCACAUCUAGGCCUUCCUCAAAACCAAGGCUCUCCUCACAUCGGCGGACCUGUUCAUACGCCCUCCCCAGCCCAGACCGCGCAGGGAGGUGUACCAAUGAUGCACCAGAUGAGCGCACAAGGCAGUAACCUGAGCGGCAGUCAAGGCCCAAGUACGAACACAAGUCCAAAUGUAAGCAAUAAACGAAGGAGACCGAGUACUGUAAAAGGGGAAGACGACAAUGCGAAUGCUAACCAAGACGGCGGCCAGAACCAGAACAAGGUGAAACCUAGUCCACGGAUCGGCGGCAAGCGACAGAAGGCUGGAUAG